AUGGUCUUAAAGCAAGAAGCCUAACUGAGGAGAAUGCUCCAGUUCCCACAGAAGUAGUACCUGACAAAGAAAUGUACCUGAGGGGUCUGCCCUGGAUAGCGGUUGCUAGGUGGCAGUGCUGGUUGUAGAAGAACAGAAGAAAACAUCUUUUAUCCUCAGAGAGAGAAAGAGAAAGAUCUCAGAGCAGCAAGAGCCUCUAACAGAGGCAUGGGGGGUAGCACAAAGAAUGGUAGGGGAAACGCGCUGAAUGCAGUUUGAGCUCUAAUGCUUACUGCUAUAGAUAUAAGCUAAACUUGGACGAAUGAGUCCCCUCCAAAAGCAACAACAAAUUUUCCACGCAGGCUCAGACACCUUCUCUGGAAUCCAGAGUAGAUAUGGAGACUGUCACUGAUAUGGAGGUGUCCCUGUCAGGGGAUACGGGGGAAGCGGAGGAGAUACAAACCAAGGAGAAUAAAGAGGAUGAGUCCUCAGAACAAUGGGGCGAAUAUCAGGGGACAUGGGGCAGAGGGAUAGAAAUAGAGACGUGUUGGUGCAAGAGUGGGCUACAUGGAUGUUGUGAAGAUAGGUGGACCACAUUUAUAGAUGUAAACACAAAGGAGUCAGAAUUGGUUACUGAAUUAACACAGAUGCCUAAACAAAAUGAACGAUGGUGGUGUGAAGACAACACAAGGCCAUGUGAAAGAUCAACAAAACAUUCCACAGAUAAAAGCAGCCUGCAAAGAAUUUUUGAAAAUUGUUUCCCACCAUUUGCACACCCAGUGGUAGAAGAAAAACCUACACCUUUGGAACUACCUACCAGUGGGAAAAGCCAUACACAAAACAGAUCAGUGGAACAACUCUGGGAUACAGCAUGUAGUAGGGGAAGACAGUGUGAUCAAUAUUACAAAUGGGAAGGAUCCAAACUUCAAAGUUCCUAUCUUUCCAUGCUUCAUAUUAAGCCUAAAAAUGUGGAGGUGCAAUCAGCACGUUGCUUGACAAACACUCACAAGGUCAAGUCGAUUGUCACCUCUCCAGUCCCCAGUGAAAAAAUACAGUCCCAGAAAGUGAGCACAGUUGUCAGACAGGAACCAGAUCUGAAGCUAAUGAAGGUUGCCUCUGUGUCAGUCCAUGUAAGUGGGUUCAGCCCAUCUCAUCACUUGCAGUCUUUGUUCCAGCACUGGACACAGCCCAAAGGAAAAGCAAGGUUGACGGUGGACUACAACUUUAACCCCAGCGUGCUAGUUUAAUGGCUCCUAGCCAUUAGUUAGGAUACAAAGUGGCCUGGUUUGUGCAGAGCCCAGGAACCUUUUGUCACAGAUGCUUAUAUUUUCUACAAUAAAUUUUAGUGGUUGAUAA